AUGAGCGACGACGAGGCCGAGUAUGCUGCCGACGAUAUGCUGUCCGAGGACGAGGACGAGAUCCGCGAGUUCAUCGUCCCGCUGCACGUGGACGACCUUGAGCUCGUCAAGCGCGACCGCAUCUACGUCAGCAGCGUGACCGACUUUGCCGAGCUCCACAAGACCGUGCACAUGACCCAGCUCAAGGAGCUGCAGCGAACGAUCCACGCCAACCCACUGGGCAUUGCCGACGCCGAGGCCUUUGACGUCCUCUACAGCUUCCUCAAAGCGGUCAAGCACCUCAACGACGAAGCGCGGCUCCUGCUGCUGCUGUUGACCAACUCGGCGCUCAGCGACAUUGUCAAGCUCCUUCGGCGCUCCAAAAAAGAGAACUCUCGCCGCGCACGGAACGCCCUCAAGAUUGCCGCCUACGUCUUGUGCCAGCUGCUCAUGAAGAUCUCCAAGCUCACGGCCGAGCACGAUAAAGAUAUUGUGCACAAGAAGGACAAGGCGGCCAAGUCCAAGAUGGUGCACUGGGCCAAGCAGUUUGAGAACAGCGUCGAGACGCUGCAAAAGUCGCUCUGCGACGAGACCCUCGCGCUCUGGAACAUGCGAUUGCCCGAAGAGGAAUUCAUUGGCGUCUACUGCACGGCCGUCUUCCAGCUCCUCGAGAGCCCCCUCUUCAUGCGGUCCAAGCCCCUCAAGUUUCACUGCUACAACCUUGUGUCCGAGUGUCUCUUGCGCGUGCCCAGCGUUCACGUGACGGUCACGACGUCGCUCCUCGAGCUCAUCUUUGCGCACGAGCACCUCUCGGUGCCGCUCGGCGACUUGAUCCAGUUCCUCCAAGGCAAGCAUUCGAACGCCAAAAUCGCCGCCGAUCUCAUCAAUGAAAUCGCCAAAAUCCGCCAGCGGGAAUCGUCGCGCGAUGUCUCGGGCACCAAGAACGUGUCGGCUUUUUCGUACACGCACCUUUCCAAGCUCAUGCCGUCCGUGGUCCUCGCCAAUUUGUCAAUCGUGCUCCCGCUCUUGGACGCCGAGUCGUACUACCUCCGAAACGCUGUCGUCUCGGCCGUCACCAACAUCCUCGUCGCCGACCGGCUAGCAAAGAAGAAGGCGGAGCGACUCGCGUCCGCGACGUCCGAGGGGCAACCCGAUGCGAGCGACGACGAGGACGACGAGGAUGACGAAGGCCGCGUCAUCGUCGACGACAAGUUUCGCGUCCUCUCCAAGAACCGGCGCGACUCGCUCUUCGCGGUGCUGGAAGACCGCGUCCACGACGUCAACUCGUUCGCUCGCAGCCACGUGCUCAAGUGUUUCAAGGACCUCGUCGAGCGCGAUGCGGUGCCUCUGUUGCAAAAGCCGGCGCUCACCAAGCUCGUGCUGCUCACGUCGCUCCUCGAGCACAACCCGUUCGAAGGCAAGCUCGACCGGAGCUACUACGUCCAGCACAUGGCACGGAUCGCGGACGAAAUGAAAGGUCUCCAAGCCGUCUUGAUGGACGACGUCGAAGAGACCAUGACGCGACGCAUCUCGGGCAUCCAUCUCAACGAAGACCAAAUCGCAGAGAAGGAGACGCAGAAGGAGCUCGAGCUCGAGAAGCUCAAGAAAAUUUACAACUUUUACGCGCAAGCGCUCGAGUUUAUCGACAUCAUGGAGAAGAUCGCGAUCCCGCUUCUCAUUCAGCUUUUGCGCAGCUCGACGAGCUCGGACGUGCUCGAAGCGAUCGCGUUCUUUCACGCGGCGCACGCGUUCAAGUUCCAGCAAGCAACGCGAGGCAUCCGCGGCAUGCUCAUCCUCAUCUGGCGCACCGACCCGUCGAUCCAAGAAGCGGUCCUCAAGACGUUCCAGUCGGUGCUCUUCUUCGUGCCCAACACGGACACCCAGCUGACGCCGGCCGAGGCGGCCAAGACGCUGCUGACGCUACUGGACGGCUGCACCGUCAGCGACUCAACGUGUCUCGAGCAGUUGCUCUCGGUGUUGCAUGCGCAGCACAUGAUUCCGGAGCGCGUCAUCAAUGCGCUCUGGGACCUCUGCAACGCCGAGUCGUCGUGCCACACGAUUGGCCACGCGAUCUGGCUGCUCUCGAUGCUGACAACGACCAAAACGACGCACCGCCACACGCGCCUUCUCUUGCUGCUCGAGCACGGGCUCGGGCCGCGCGUGCAGGCCGAGCACAACUGGCUGUGCGUGCGCGCGACGUCGCAGAUGCUGCAGCGCUGGAACCUCAAGGACAAGUCGGGCGGCGCCAACAUGAUUGACCACAUUGGCAAGCUCGUCAUGCGCCUCCAAGCGUUUCUGACGACGAACGAAGACACGAACGCCGACUGGUUCGAUGCGGCGCAGCAAGCGAUCGAGGCGCUUUUCCACGUGUGCCAGUACCCCGAGGAGCCGUGCGGCGACGUCAUUGCGACGUGGUCGGCCAUGAUCUUUCCGAAAACUGACGAAGAUAUGGAGGGCGCUGCGUGCACCGCGACGGAGCUCGCCAAGUUUGUGUUCCUUUUGGGACACAUCGCGAUCCGCAUGGCCGUGUACGUCGAGUCAGUCGCGAGCUCGGUGAAGGAAGCCCGCAGUAAGAUCAAGCCGUCGGCCGACGAACCGCAACAGAGCAUGGAAGAAGAACUCGGCAUGACCGCCGAGAUCGAGGCCCACGACGAAGAGAUGCUGCAGGAACUCACGCAGCACGAAAUCGUUGGCACGAACCUCUUGGGUGCGUACGGGCCGAUUCUGGUGCGGCUCGUCGCCAACGAAGACGGCUGCUUUGACGACGAGAUGAUCAAGGAGACGGCAACCGUCGCACUCUGCAAAUUUAUGUGCAUCUCGUCCGACUUUUGCGAGAAGAACCUCCCGCUCGUCUUCACCAAGCUCAAAGAGUCGGAACAGCCGUCCGUGCGCUGCAACAUUGUGGUCGCGCUCGGCGACCUCUCGUUCCGGUUUCCGAACCUCGUCGAGCCGUGGACGUCACACAUUUACGCGCGGCUGCGGGACAUCGAUACGAACGUGCGCAAGAACACGAUCAUGGUGCUCACGCACUUGAUCCUCAACGACAUGGUCAAGGUCAAGGGCCAAAUUAGCGAGAUCGCGCUCUGUUUGGUCGACGACGAAGCGCGCAUCAAGGAUCUCGCCAAGCUCUUUUUCCACGAGCUGUCCAAGCGCGGGAACAACCCGAUCUACAACAUGCUGCCCGACACGAUCGGUCGACUCUCGACGAGCGACCUCUCAAAAGAGUCGUUCCGGGAAAUCACCAAGUUUUUGAUCGGCUUUAUCCAGAAAGACAAGCAAAACGAAAGCCUCGUCGACAAGAUGUGCCAGCGGUUUGUGACGACGACGGAGAAGGCCCAGUGGCGGGACCUCGCGUUCUGCCUCUCGAACCUCUCGUUCAACGAGAAGGCGAUCAAGAAGCUUCUCGAGCAGAAGAAGGUCUUCAAGCAGUGUCUCCAGGACGACACGGUGUACGAGUCGUUUGAGCAAAUCGUCGCCAAGUGCAAGAAAUUCUGCAAACCCGAACUCAAAGAGACGGUCGACGAGCUCGAGCGCGUGAUCCAGUCGCUCCGGGCCAACGAGAACGAAGAGGAUGCCGAGGCGUCGUACCACAGCCAAAAGCCGGCCGAGAAGCGCAAAAAGCCGGCCGCUGGCGCAACACCCCGCAAGCCGCGGGCGAAGCGCACAAAGAAGGCCAAGGUCGUCUUCGACGACGAGGACGAAGACGAGGCCAUGGAGUAG